CGGCGACCGGCCCCCCAAGCAGUCCUGCGCCGCCGCGGGGACCUGUCGGGGUGUAGCGCAGCUGACUCCCGGGGGCCGCCGGGCCCACGGGGAACCACCCGGCCCAUUGGGUCCACCCGGAACCAUCUGACCCACUGGGACCCACCGGGACACUGGGACCCACUGGACAUGGACACGCGGGGACCUAAAACCCCCGGCGGGGACGCGCUGGGCGACGCGGCAGAAAAUCUAUUUCAGGAACUUCAAGAACAUUUUCAAGCUCUGACUGCAACAUUAAACCUCAGAAUGGAAGAAAUGGGAAACCGCAUUGAGGAUCUACAGAAGAAUGUCAGUGACCUAACAGCGCAAGCCGGGAUCGAGAAUCCUGUUGAAGAACAAAUGCUAAGGUCAUCAUUAAGAAAGAAUGAAGAGCGGCACAUCAAGUCUCCGUCUGUCCAACCACAGGGAGCAUCCAAAAGGCAGACGCAACGUUUCUGCUUUGCUGCAAACAUCUACUUCCAGGCUCCCCGCCACCCCGACCCGGCACUUGUGUCUCUACAAACACCUGCUCGCCUUCGCUCAUCUACUCCGCUGCUGCCAAUCCGCAAAGCCCGGUGACAGCAGGACCAUUUUGUCUGACUUAACGUCCGGGCACUAGAGCACGAAACCUGGCAGGACUCAGUACAUGCACUUGGUGAAAACAUUAACUCAAGCAGAGAGGCGCCCCGUCUUGGAUUCCGGCGUCGCAGAAAGAGCGGAAGGCACUUCGUCUUCUCUUCAGUCCAGCGCCCCGGCAUCCACCCCACCAUCCUCCUCUCUGCGGCCCCGUCCGCCAUAGCGUCCUCUGUGCCUUGGUCGGGCCAGCCACUGGCGGCGGGAGGCUGGCCCCAAGAUGGCCCUCAUGAGUUGCACCCUAAGGGUGUGGGGAGCACUGGGAGCAGCACGACAGGAAAGGCCCGGACUGCCUUGAAGAGCCUGUUCGUGGACUCGCAGACUGGAGGAGCAUGGCCGGGGCAGGUGCUGGAGGAAGGAAGGAGCACACCGCCGGGGUGGAGGGAAGGGCCCCUGUUCCUCGGGGACACGGUCCUGCGAAGUCAUCCGGAUGCGCCUGGAUGUGCACCUGAGGAGCUGCUGAGCCCUGGAGCGGCCACAUGCUUUCUCCCUGCUGCGGACGGUGAUGGCAGAUGAGGCGGGGUUAGAGCCGCGGAAAGAGAGAAGGAGUUCUUGGCCCCUCCAGACGGCAGAAGACACUGCCACGCAGAAGGGCGCGGGGGGCACGGAAGAGGCCCACGACCUGGAGCGGCAGCCCAGGCGGAACGUUCAGUCGCAAGUGAGGAGCGGCGCCUCCUGGGUCUUCACGGGCGCCAGGACAGGCACUCGGGCUGCAGAGGACGACGGUGCAGAGAAAGGAGGCGGGAGAACCCCAGAUGCUACCUGUUGAAGUCGGCGGAAAAUGGCCUGGCUGCACACGCCUUUCCCAGAAAAGGCAGGAAAGCCUGGGCAGACCUUCCCACUGGGGAGCCAGCCCCUUCCUCCUCACAUCCCCCUGAGAAACCAGACCUGUCUGCAAUGCUGUCCCAUGAUGUGUGCUGGCAGAGCUGGGGCCGCAGGUAAGGGGUGUCCACCAGCCUAAGCAGCCUCAUGCAUACCUGCUUUUGUACACCCAAAGGGCGUGAGUCUUUGGAGCCGGAGGGCAGAGGGCAGAAGACAAAACCCUAAACUCAACCCUGCAAAGUUCCUGCCCUCAUCCCUGGGACUGUGCUGCGAUGAGACGCCAGCCACCAGUGACUCUACGGACAACGGAGACUGGCAGAUGCCCCAACGGUUACUCAUCAAGUGACUGUAAAGUAAGGAGAUAAUCCUGGAUUAUUUGGGGGUCCAUUCCGGUCACAGCCUCGGGGAAGCAGAACAGGUGCAGGCUCUGCAGGCUGAAGGGCCUCAGGCAGCAGGGAGCGCCCGGCACACAGCGGCCAGGAGUCAGCGGCCCCAGCCCGUGACCACAGGGAAUGGGAUUCGGCCAACAACCCAAUGAGCCAGUGGCUUCUUCCCCGACUGACGGCCCCAAAAAGGCCCAGCCCGUGACUGUGGCCUCGUGAGACCCCGAGAGGAAACCCACUGAGCCGGCCCAAACUUGGAGCAACAGAACACUGAGCUCAUCAAUGUGGCUUUUAGCUACUCACAUGGCGUUACCUGUUGCACAGGAUAUAAGCCAAUACCCGCCCCAUACAACCACCCAGACAUCCCUCACCUGUCAGGCACCGGGGAUGUCCAAGACUUAAUACUGCCAUUUACCAGCCUUUCUACUAACAAUAAACAGAAAUUUUGACAAGUAGAAACAAUGCCAAAUGGUGAUUUCUUUCCAAAUUAAAUCUCCACAACUUUUUUUUUGAGUCACGUUACCCAACUUUAUUACAGAAAUGCCAUCGGAUGUGACGCCAUCUGGACUACAUCAAACUUCCGGACCAACAAUAACCAACUGAGACAAGAGCUUUAAGAGAACGUACCUGAAGAAAAACAUGACAGUACACGGGUCGUACAACUCGUACAUCUUGUUGAAGUCAGGCACUUCUGU